AUGGUCUGGCUCUCAUUUGUUUUGCGAGUCUCCGGUGUAACAGUCACCCCCAACACCACAGAGCUGCUGGAGUUCAGCAGCUCUGUGAGGAUCUCCUGCCACGUCUCCACCGGCACCUCCCUGUCCUACCUGUGGAUGAAUGGCAGCUCUGAGAUCACUGUAUCAAGUGACAGGGUGCAGGUCGGCGACGGAGGCACCAGCCUCACCAUACUCAACGUGACACGCUACGACCGGGGGCCGUACACCUGUAAUGUCUCCAAUCUGAUCAGUACUCAAGAAAGUGCCCCGUUAACACUGCACCCCAUCUAUGGACCAGUGAGCAUUCAGAUUUAUGUUCAAGUGGACCAAGUUCAGAUCGGCCAGGUGCUGCAUUUAUCCUGCAGGGCUGAGUCCACCCCUCCUGCAGAUUUCACCUGGAUGAACGGGAUGAAUGAGGAAAUCGGCUCUGGCGCUGACUUUCAGAAAACGGCAACGCUUUUGGACAGUGGAGAAUACACAUGUUUAGCAGUGAACAGCAUCACUAAGUUGGAGCUUCGUGCAGUGCAAAGUAUAUCAGUAACAGACAACAGUUCUUCCCAGCUGUCAUCUGGUGCCAUUGCUGGUAUAGCCAUUGCAGUGAUACUAACUGUAGUGCUAGUAGGUGCACUGAUUUAUCGUUUCCACACAAGCAGAACCUAACACUUCAUCUCCAUCUAUAUUCAAUAUCCCCCUCUUUCCUCUCUCGCUCUCCAAGAAUAUGAACUAUGCCGAUAUCAGCCACUUGAAGAAGAACCAGGAUGUGGGCGUGAAAAUGCAAAACCCAGACAUACUCUGAGACCAAAACGCCUGGUACCUAGCAUUCUCCUAGCGUGGUUUAGCUUCUCACUUGAUGAGAAGCACCAUGCUUGUUUGAUUAGUAAUGAUUCGGUCAUGACUUGAUAAAAAAUCACAAUCCCUUCAUUCCUUGUUCUUUCCGCUCUAUGAAAAUGUUAUGCCCUUUCAGCAAAACUGUUGUUUCUCUUGAUACCAUAUUCUUGCCCUAAAUUGCUUAGGAGUAUCUCGAAAGAAUGUUUUCAUUGUGAAUGUGAGUGUAUAAAAUGUAAUAAAAAGCAAUAAAGGCAUACAAUAAAGAAU